CCAUAAAAAACAGGAAACCAUGGGUUUCACACUCACAAACUCUUGUUUAUAUCUGAUAUUAAGAACUUCCACUGAUAUGAGAAUUGCAGACUCCACAUCUGAUUGAAGCAUGAACCUCCAGCAAUAUGGACAAAAAUAUACUGAAAGAGUGAUGAUAUGAAAGGUCAUCACAUAAUGAGAACAUUUUGGUCACAGUUUGAGACAUGUUGCCAUGUCAGCCUCGGCCAUGGGGAUUUAUUAUCUGGUGAUUUAUUGUAUUCUCAUGGGUCAUGUCCUAACAUUGAGUUGAAAAAACAUUUGAGAGCAAGAAGUUUAUGUACAAUGUUUUAAUUUUAUUUAAUUAAUUUUUUUUUCUGCUGGAGUCCAAGCAAAAAGUGCAGCGUGUACUCUUUAGCGAGAUUCUGGAGAUAUUUAUCAGUUUUCAUCAGAAAGCGUUGUGUAAGCGUGUGUAUCUGUGUUUGUGGUUUGCCUUGCUGUUACUUCCUUUACUGAAAGCUGCCUGACACAGACAGAAACAGACGACCAGUAAAGCCUGGUCAAAAACAGUUAAACCAGUUCAGAAAGAUGUCUUCAGAUACUCAAGCUGCGUCGCAUUUAAAUCUGAAUGUGAGAUAUAACAGACGAGUACAAGCGAACAACAGAGAAGGGGAGAGGAGUGAGAGAGUGGAGAUCCUAGAGAAUGAAGACCGGUUCGUCAAUACUGGACAACAGAAAACUGGACCAGGCAGUGAAAGGAAUCUUCCAGGUGCAAAAAGAAGCGGUUUCAGAGUCACUGCUGUGAUUCUGGGGGUGUUUUAUUUUCUGAUACUUGUUGGAGUCUUCACACGCUAUAUUUUAGUGACAUUGGAAAAAGAGCAGCUGCAGACCAGAUACAACGACCUGAACAACAGUUACAGUCAGCUCCAGGAACAACUCUCAGUAGUGAACAACAGUCAGUUACAGGAUGAAGUAAAGAGGCUGAAGGAAAAAAUUGAAGAGAAGAGGUGUUCUGUUGGAUGGGAGAGAUUUGGAUGCAGCUGUUACUUUAAAUCCACUGAGGAGAAAACUUGGUCUGAGAGCAGGACAGACUGUCAGAGAACAGGAGCUGAUCUGGUGAUCAUAAACAGCAAAGAGGAACAGGAUUUUCUUACUCAGAUGAAUAAAUAUGGAACUUCAUGGAUCGGUCUGGAGUCAAAGAAAACAUCCAGCUGGCCAGAUAAAUGGGAGUGGAUAUGGGUGGAUGGAUCAAAACCACAAUAUCAAGGCUGGACUGUAGGAGUUAGUGUAAUGCCUGUGAACAGAUCUACAGCUUAUAUCAAUCUUCAGGGGACAUGGAUGCACACCAACAAUGGAUCCAAACAAUGGAUCUGUGAGAAACAGAAUAGAUUAGUGCUCGGACGUUGGCAUCCACUCUGACUAAAGACCCUCACUGCAUGUCACUUCUUUUCUGAUAACUCUUCCUGCACCUCUGUCAAAGUGACUGUACACAAUAGAGGCAAACAUAAGAAAAUGAAAGGUACAAAACACCUCCUGCUGGCCAAAAUGUUCAAGACUUUACUAAAUAACACAGAGUCAGAAGAAGCAGACACACUGACUCUCAGAGCCUUGUGGCCACUGUGGUCCAUGAAGGAGCUCUGAGAAUCUGUCUGCUGAAUGUUUCUGUCACAGGCUGACCCUGUGUGUGACUUCCUGCUGUAGUGUGUGUAGUAAUUUCCUGUUUUAUUUUGAAAUUUCUUGUGUGUGUUUUACUUCCCACCAGUUUGUUGUGUUAACUGUGUCUCAUUAACCCAUUAGUCUCUGUCUUUCCUCCUUUUAGUUGACAGAAUGUUAUAUUUUAUUGUGAUGUGCUUCUUUGCUUGGUUCUUUGCUUCUGACUGCCUUCACUGUGUUAUUUGGACGUGGAUUGAUGCCUGUGCUUGAUUAGAGUUGUCCUUCCUUAGAAUACUUUAGGUUGGUACUGACCACUGCACACCAGUCAUCUAGUCAUCACAAUUAGUCCCUUGUCAAAAAGAUCCUGACUCUUGCCAAUUUGAUCGGAUUCCAGAUAAAAUCAACUUCAAGAACUGAUUGUUCACCUGCUGUCUAAUAUAUCCCACCUCUUGACAGGUGCCGUUAGAACAAGAUAAUCAGUGUUAUUCACUUCACCUGUCAGAGGUUUUAAUGUUGUGGCUGAUCAGUUUAUGUUUGAUUGACAUUCAGACAAACAGUAUCUGUUUUAACUGAUCAACUGUAAAACCUUAACUUCAGGCUGUUGUUUCUCUGUAAGACUAAAAAUAAAUGAGACAGCAGCA